AUUUGACACAUCUGGUACAUACAUUAAAAAUUACAACUUUUAGUUGGUUCUUGAGUUAAUAAAUUAUUUUUGUUUUGAUAAUUUUAUUUUUUGAUUUCAUUAUAUAGUAAUUGUUUGUCCAAAUCUAUUUCCUUGAGAUAGUGAAAGAAUAUAUCCCGGAGCCACAGGCUUCGGCCUGUGACUAAUUUCGGAACGAAAUUACAUUUUUAAACCAAAAAAUACAGCUAGAAAAAUCUCCGCCAUUUUACUCCCCAAUUUCAUAAUAUUACAACUAUAAUGUCGCAGUGGAAUAAUACUUUCAUGUCUAAUAAUCAAUAUCAAAAUUCUAGCAAUUUAAAUGGUGACCCGAACAGCCAGUAUCAUAGUCAAAACUACUAUGAUAAUAGGCAAGGUGAUAGUAGAGCAAAUCAGUAUGUUAGCUUCAAUGAGUUCAUUUCACAAAUGCAAGUUCCUACAGACAGUGCUAGCUACAAUAGUGUACAAAACCCAAAUAUCCCUAAUAGUCAAUUUCUGAAUGUAGGUAAUCAUCAAAAUGAUACCUCUAAUCAAAGCAAUCAGCUAAAUUAUGAUUAUGGAGCAAGUUAUUCAGCUCAUGGUAAUAACAGAAAUGAAAUUCAAAUGAACAAUGGAGGUCAAACUAAUUCUGCUCCUAACUUCACCAGUGAAAUGGUUUCCAAAUCAAAACUAACACCAACUGCUGUGGAAUUUGUUCCCAAAAGCUCUUUUCAAAUGCCUACAAGAAAUUCAAAGCCCAGAGAAGAAACCUCCGCAGAAAAUAGUUUAAAUGAGCCAAACAAUAAAAAGCAACCUGAAUCACAAAAUUGGAGAGAUAGACCCUCUAGUUCAGGUCAUAGCAGUAAUACGUAUAACAUCAAUGGUAAAGACAAUCAGUCAAAAUAUUUUGAUAAGUUUGAAACAAAUAGAUAUCAUUCUAGGAACAAUCAAACUGAAAGUAAUGUAUCCCACACUAAAAAUUCAAAAUAUGAAAAUAAAAAUCGAAAAUUUGACAAUAAUAUUAAAAAUAAAAGCGAUAGUAAUUAUCAAAUGUCUGAUAAUGGCGAUACUAACAAUCAACGCAGAGGUAAAUAUGAUUCAUACAGCAAUGGUGAUUCAAAUAGUCGUUACUCUGAUAAUAGAGAUGGAAACCAACGAAAAUCUAAUGUUAAAGUAAAGAACAAGGAUUCUGAUCCCCGCACCUUUUAUAAUACCAAAGUAAAUUAUCAAGACAGAAGGAAUGGCAAGGAUACGCAAAGAUCGAAAGGUCGUGUGGGCUCCCAGAGACUUGGUAACGACUACAAUAGUUAUGAGGAUGAACAAUAUGCCAACUCUUAUUAUCAAUACAAAGAUGAGGUUGUGAAGAAUAGCACAGCUAGUCCAUCAAGACACAAGAAAAAUCCUGUUCCAUUUGCAGGCAAUACUGAGAUGACUCAGCGAGAGAGACUCAGUGAACAAUUGGAUAAGGGUACAUUAGAAUGUCUAGUUUGUUGUGAGCGAGUCAAGCAGAUAGAUCCAGUAUGGCAUUGCAGUAACUGUUACCAUGUCAUGCAUUUGAAGUGUAUUCGGAAAUGGGCGUCCAGCAGCGUGGUUGAGGGUAAAUGGCGUUGUCCGGCAUGUCAGAACACCAGUGAAGAAAUACCAACUGAGUACCGUUGCAUGUGUGGGGCAAUGCGGUCUCCGGAAUACCAGAGAGGAGGAAAUGGUGCUCACACCUGUGGCAAGGCUUGCAAGAGGCCCCGGAGCUGUCCUCAUCCCUGCACACUCCUGUGUCAUCCAGGCCCGUGUCCGGCUUGCCAAGCAACCAUAUCUAAGAAAUGUGGAUGUGGUGCAGAAACCCGCUCUGUGCUAUGCAGCAGCAAACUGCCACAGGAGUGUGGGAGGAAGUGUGAUCAUCUGCUCAAUUGUGAGGUGCAUAAGUGUGCCCGAGACUGCCAUGAGGGUCCCUGUGACCCCUGCCAGGAGACUGUCACUCAAGUGUGCUACUGUCCGGCUGCAAAGAGUCGCAGUGUGGCUUGCACGGCGGAGAGUAGCCGCGAGGGCCAGUGGUCGUGCGAGGCAUCAUGCGCCCGUGUCCUAGCGUGCGGAGCGCACGUGUGCCGACGCGAGUGUCACCCGCCUCCGUGCGACGCGUGCCCCCUGCGGCCCGGGAAUGUACCCACUUGCCCCUGUGGAAACACCAGACUCAAAAGUGGAGAACGCAAGUCUUGCACAGACCCCAUACCAUUAUGCGAUAACAUUUGUGCCAAGCCUCUUGAGUGUGGGCCCGAUGGUGAUAAGCACUUCUGUAAAGAGAAGUGUCAUGAAGGCCCAUGUCGAGUUUGUCCUGAUACGACACUGGUGCAGUGCCGCUGUGGUCACUUGACGCGUGACAUUCCCUGCGCUGACUAUCCGAGUCAGCGGAACGAGGUGUUCUGUCAGAGGAAGUGUAACAAGAAGCUGUCGUGCGGGCGCCACCGAUGCCGCGCCACGUGCUGUGACUCGGUGUCUCACCGCUGCUCGCUGGUGUGUGGCCGCUCACUCUCCUGCCAGUUGCACCGGUGCGAGGCUCUCUGCCACACGGGACACUGCGCGCCGUGCCCUCAGCUCAGUUUCGAGGAGCUGCGGUGCUCGUGCGGCGCUGAAGUUAUCCUGCCGCCGGUGCGGUGCGGCACCAAGCCGCCGGCGUGCGGCGCCACAUGCGCGCGGGCCCGGGCGUGCGGCCACGAGCCGCACCACUCGUGCCACGCGGGCGACUGUCCGCCCUGCGUCGUGCUCACCACCAAGAUGUGUUACGGGAACCACGAGGAACGCAAGACGAUACCGUGCUCACAAGAGGAGUUCUCGUGCGGUCUGCCGUGCGGCAAGCCGCUGCCGUGCGGCAAACACACGUGUAUUAAAACCUGCCAUAAAGGACCCUGUGAUACUGAGAAAUGCAAGCAGGGCUGUCGAGAGAAGCGACCGCGGUGCGGCCACGAGUGCGGCAGCCCGUGUCACGCCGACAACGGCGGCGUGUGUCCCGCCGCGACUGCGUGCCGCCGUCCCGUCGCCGUCACGUGUCCGUGCCUGCGGCGGAAGGCGACCCGGGCCUGCGCCGAGAACAUGCGAGACUACGACAAGACAUUGAACGCGCUAGCUGCGACCAGAAUACAAGAGGGCGGGUCGGUGGACAUAUCUGAAGCACAACGAUCGAGCGCCAUGCUUAAAACGCUGGAAUGCGACGAAGAGUGUUCGCAGGAGGCUAGAGCUCGGCAGCUGGCCUUAGCGCUACAGAUCCGCAACCCGGACGUGUCUGCUAAACUGGCGCCUCGUUAUAGCGACUCGCUGCGGGCGGCAGCUGCGCGAGAACCCGCUUUCGCGCAACACGUACACGACAAGCUCACAGACCUGGUGCAACUCGCCAAGAAGUCAAAGCAAAAGACGCGCGCACACUCGUUCCCGUCUAUGAAUCGCGCCAAACGCCAGUUCAUCCACGAACUGUGCGAACACUUCGGUUGCGAGAGCGUCGCGUACGACGCAGAGCCCAACCGGAACGUAGUUGCGACCGCCGACAAGGAGAAGUCGUGGUUGCCGGCCAUGAGUAUCCUGGAGGUUCUCGCGCGGGAGGCUGGAAAACGUCGUGUGCCAGGCCCUGUGCUAAGGACCUCUGGCGCCGCCGCGACAUCUUCUCACACCACCAAGUCAUCAGGUGGUUGGGCUACCCUCACCUCUACGAACGCAUGGGCCAUCCGCAGCCAACCCUCGGCGUCCACCACAGCUGUCACCAGGACGAAACCUGAACCGAAACCGGAGAACAAGAUUGACUACUUCGACAACCCACCAGACAACUAGAAUUUACUUGAUCCAUUACAAGGAUAGAUUUAAUCUAGUGAUUAUAAACAGGGUCUAUAGGAAAAGACCAGCGAAAUCGUCGGCAUGUCUUUUAUUAAAAAAAAAUUACUUAACCACAAUUCUUGGGAUAAAAAUAAGGAAAAUAAAGCAUUAAUUGACUUUUGUACUAACACAGAUGUACUUGUGUUUAUAAAACAGUAAAUAAUUGCAGGAUUUUACGAUUAUAUAACAUUAAUUAGUGUGGAUGAUAGUUUAGAACUACUCCCAAAUAUUUAUUCUACCAAACAAUUAAUAAAAAAGUUUGCAUACAAAUUACAAAACUUAACAUAAUCAAAAAUUCAGAUUGUAAUCGGACUGCACUGAAAAUGAAAGGCUUAGAUUAUCGUACGUUUUAGCUUCAGUUUGUGCAUGUAUAAUUUUUUUGCGUAAAAAAUAAAUAUGAAUGGUUCUACUUUUAACUCUCUUAGGUUUUUAGUUUCAAUGAAUAUUCCUACUAUAAUAUAUAAUAUACAUAGGUAAAUAAUACAAACAUUCACUGGUCAAACGAGGAUGUAUAAUAAAUAAAAUAGGAUGAAUAUUUUAUAUAUUUAUUUGAUAAUUUACAUCGCUGUAUAAGUUAUUGUAAAAAAUACCGAAAAAUUAAGUCUAAAGUAUUUAAACAUUGUUAAAAAAAAUAGCCAACGGACGCGGUUACUUUAAACGACUGCCAUUUUGGCGCGCAUUGUGAGCGCUCACAAUGACGUCAUAGUCCAUAACAAAAAUCAGAAAAACGGACGGAAAAGUGGACUAUUAGAAAAUUGACAUAUUUUGUCGUUCGGACCAGUGACGUCGCUUAUCUAACAUUUGUAUGUUCCAGAAACUUCGACACUUUUUAAAUAUUAUUUUUUUCGCUCGAAAUUAAACUCAAAAAUUUUUGGCUGUUAUUUAGAUCACAUGCAUUCUUGGUAGUAGUGGAAAAAAAUCGAGAUAAGUAUUCGGGUGUAACGUGUGCAGUGUGUUCCGGUUGUAUCGGACACGCUACUCCAUUGGUCGAUAUGUAAAGUGACAGGACUCUUAACGGCUAUCUCUUACUUGCGAUAAAAAUCGUAACUAUCGUUGACUUUUCUGUCCCAAUAAACUUAUCGACGGUAGCUUACCUUAUCUGUACACGCUGUCUGUCAAUGGGAUGACGUAUAGCUUACCAGCGAUAGAAGUUUGUAUGGAAAUUACAAUUCACGCGUCCCAAUUUAAGGCGAUAAGAAUGACUUAUCGGAUAUAUUGGGACAGCUUCAGAUUAUUGACAGCUAAUUACUGACAAUAGAAGGAAGUAAUUUAUCUCUAUCUGUAGACAGUAUAUUGGGAACGGCCGUCAGUGGACGCUUUUUGCAAUGGAUUUAAGUAGUGCAGUAAAUGCUCAAGUUAUCCUAUUUUAUAUCGUAAACACAUUGAAAUAAAGUUCAAAGUCAUUUGCUGUUAUUCUCUAGAUUAUUAUUAAUGAAGCACUUUUCAUAGACAAUUUUAUACAGUAUUUAUUGUUCACUGCCACUAAACGAAAUUAUUGUGCGAUACUAAUUUUAAAUAGUAUUUGUAUUAUCUUAAUGUAUACUGUAGCUGUUUAGAUGUUAGUCACGUUAAAUUAUUAUCACGGUGAAAGACGGUCGCAGUACGGAGAAUUUGGGGUAUUCAUAUUGCAAUUGUUCAUGUGACAGUGUUUAUUUCGACCGAAACGAUCAAUUACCAGUGAUUCGAACAUCAAUUGCCGAUUUGACAAGAUUCAUCGUAUAUUUUUUGUUUCUCCGUUCUUAAAACAAUCCUAUUACUAAGACUACAUUGUAUGUAAAAUAAAUAAGAAGGCGAAUUCCAAAACAGACCGCCUUAAAAAUAUAAUAGUUUUGAAAAUUUUUAUGUACUUUUAAUGAUCCGUAAUAAUACUUAAAGUAAUCUCUUUAUAUGUAAAAGGAGACGUGAGAUCUUCCAAAACAAUUCGCACCUUGUCAAUGUGUUUUGAGUUUUCUUUAGUGUUAAUUCCGCCAAUAUUUGUCCUUAAACAAUUCGACACGUGUUUCGCCUUUACACACAUCCUCAGGAGAUGUUGACUCGCCAAACUCUGACACGAGACUGAAUUAAGUGAGCCGGAAACCACUCUUUUAUCCCAUGAAAUGACGCGCUGUGAUUGGUCUGAUGUUGUGACGUAUUGUCGAUUUGUUUAUGGACAAAUAUUGGCAGAAUUAACAUUAAAUAAAACUCAAAACACUUGGAUAAUUAUGGAUUUCCGCAAAGUAACGCCUGCUUUAAUAAAUUUUAAACGGACAGUUGUAUGUAGUACGACAGACACAAGUAGUAUAAUAUAAUGUCUGCAUUUUUAAUUGUUGCUGCGCGACCGCACCCUAAAAUAUCUCUUUAUUGUCACGCUUCUACUAACUUUAACGUCGGACAAGGAUAUUAUGCAAUGCAAGGUAAAGUAUGCAAUUUAUGCAAUAUUUUUAUAGUUAAGCCAUGCUGUAUAGUAUCACUGACACUGACGACGAAUAUUGAUUUUUGCCGAUCGUAUAUGAAAAAAAAUGUAUAAUAUUGAAUGUUAAUUAGUAAAUUUAACCGAAUAUUAAGUCAUUAAUUCACCGCGCGGAUUAAAGCGGGAAUGCUUAUAGACGGACCUAUUGUUGCUUGCGCUUAACUAACAAGCUGUGGUAUGAGUGCAGCGGUGUUUCCGCACUUAAUUUAUUAUUACAUAAUUAGAACGAAAAUCGAUUACCGAGUACUUCAUUCCUUGAGUAUCAUUAGUGUCUCACCCUUCAUGAUAAAUAUUCACAAAAUUACCUUAAAAAAUAUUCCGCACAAUAAUUGAGUAGAUAGAAAAGGAUGUUGUAAUUAAAACAAUAAAAAAUCAUUUAAAACUCAUCCUUUGCCUACUAGCUGAUAUUAUCUGGGUUUUUUUUGUUAGUCGUGCAUCAGUGGUGUACUAUCUAAUGAUGCGUCCCGUCCAUAUGAUGAGCCGUAUAUUAUCCUUGUUCUAAUUGUCUUGAGCGGCUCGUGUUUUGUCAGCCUAUAUUCAAAUUCCGAUAUUUUUUAUUCAAGAUAUGAUAUUAAAUCACUUAUCGUCAGGAUAUUAUAUUAUACAGGGUUUUGCGUUAUAAUCUUCUAUUCCAUUCGACAAGAUACAUCUCAGACUCUGUGAAGAAGUGAUGAGCACAAGAAACCGAAUGGGCCUGUUUUUUUAAAAAACAUUUCUUUACAAUAAACUUGAUAAUGGUGAAUGUAUAUAAAUAAUAUUCAUUUGUACGUUUCAAAAUAAUUGUAAGACGCAAAACACGUGUUUAAAAAUAAAUUAUGGGGUAAAAAAGAAUAAGACGGAAUUAACUGUAGAUAUUAAGUGCGUGACUCAUUAAUUUAUGCACUAGUGUGUUAUAGAGUAUAGUUUCCAACAUGAUUCCGUUAUUUAUUGAUCUAGUUGAAUUUAAUGUUAACAUCUUUUAUAGAAUUAUAUAAAUUAAAAAACGUUUAAUUGGGUUAAAUAAUCAUUUUUUAAGUUUUGAAACUUGUUUCUAUUGGUGGAAUGGAUGUAAAUACUACGUAAGAAGAGGCGAGAAUGCCUAAGUAAAAUUAAAUUUUAGUUUUGUAUGAAACGUGUAGUCAUUUGACAUAAGUUUGAAAUAGUAAUAAUUACAGUAUCGCGAUUGGCCACGAAAUAUAAUGCGGCUAAGUUUGAAAGCGAACAGUUGCUUAAAACGUAGUGGAUUUUGGCUACUUCUUUUUUUUACAAGAUUAUAGCCUUCAUCUGUCAAUGACUGCACGUUUCAUAAGAUCGAGUGAAUCGCUUUUUUCUUAGUAAGUUUCGCUAGGCUACGACUGGCUUCCUACCUCGCAUUCUUGAAUCAAAUAUCCGUCUUGUUCUUUUUUUACUAGUCAAUGAUUCAGGGUUGUAUUUUUUUUUGUCUAUGGAAAAGGGCAUUGGAGGCCCGAACGUUUGCCCCCCUUCAUUUUUGUUCGACUACAGAAUUAGUUUUGAAAAUAUCACCAUUUUAUUUGUUAAAUUCAAUAUUUUGUACGUCAAUCGCAUGAUAAAAACAAUAUUACUAUUUAUUGAUGAUAAUUGUAACAAAUUGGCGGUAAUUCAAAAUGGCGACGUGUUUUUGUGAUCCUAUUGGUCGGCUGGUCGAUACAAUAUGAUUAGUUCACUACUUAGCAUGUUAUUAACACAACGUAUAGAUAUUUAUUGAUAGACUUAUUAUUUCGCUAUUGAAUUGCUUAAAUAUGUGGAAAUUUGUAAUUUUCCGCAGAUAGCCAAUUAUUUAUCCAUUGUUGUAAAAUAAGUGAUAUUAAGACGAUGUGUAAAGGUGCCGGGGUAUGUUCUUAUGAUUUACAAUAGCGACGUGGAUGUUCAUUAGCUCUUGUACAGAAAACACGGUGUAUUAAAGUGUUAUCUAUGGUUUUGUAA